UGGUGGGCGGGUCCGGCCUAGGGCCUUUUCCCUCCCGCAGCUCCUAGGGUCUCCGCGUCUGGAGGGGGAAGAUGGCGUCUGGGAGGGCUCGAACCUGGCUGCGGGAGCUCCGGCCGCCGCCGCUGCUCCUGUUGCUGCUGCUCCUUGGGCCGUGGCCGGCGGCGGGCCACGGCGGCAAGUACUCGCGGGAGAAGAAUGAGCCCGAGCCUUCUUCGAAGCGCGAGCCCGGGGGGGAGUUCCGCAUGGAGAAGCUGAACCAGCUGUGGGAGAAGGCCCAGCGGCUUGAUCUACCUCCUCUGAAGUUGUCCGAGCUCCAUGCUGACCUGAAGAUACAAGAACGGGACGAGUUCAAGUGGAAGAAAUUGAAGGCUGAAGGCCUGGAUGAAGACGGAGAGAAAGAGGCGAAGCUCGCCCGCGGGCUCAGCGUCAUCCUGGCCAAGUACGGUCUGGACGGGAGGAAGGACGCCCGGGCCGUGAGCAGCAACUCCAUCAGCCACGGCCCCGCCGACCACAGCCUGGAGGACCCCCGGCUGGAGAAGCUGUGGCACAAGGCGAAGAUCUCUGGGAAGUUCUCCAGUGAAGAACUAGACAAGCUGUGGCGGGAGCUCCAGCAUCACAAAGAGAAGGUCCACGAGUACAACGUCCUGCUGGAGACCCUGAGCAGGACCGAAGGUGCCCCCGCAGAAAUCCACGAAAACGUCAUCAGCCCCGUUGACGUGAGCCGCGUCAAGGAGGACGCGCUGCAGGUGGGCCACGCCGAGCUGAAGGACAAGCUGCGGGACAUCAGCCAGGGCUUCGACCGCCUGCGGAGAGUCAGCCACCAGGGCUACGGCGACCAGGCCGGGUUCGAGGAGCCUCGGGUGCUGGACCUGUGGGACAUGGCGCAGUCAGCCAACUUCACCGAGAAGGAGCUGGAGGCCUUCCGGGAAGAGCUUAAGCACUUCGAAGCCAAAAUUGAAAAGCAUAACCACUACCAGAAGCAGCUGGAAAUUUCUCAUCAAAAACUGAAACACGUGGAGAGCUUAGGAGACCAGGAGCACGUCAGCCGGAACAGGGAACGGUACGCCGUGUUGGAGGAGAAGACCAAGGAGCUGGGCUACAAGGUAAAGAAGCAUUUGCAGGACCUGUCCAGCCGCAUCUCCAGGGCUCGCCACAACGAGCUCUGAGGCCCCGGAGCCUGGCCGGCGGCACAGAGGAGGCGCCAGCUGCCUGGGGCUCCUGAAGACGGGCCUGGGUGCUCCGGGGUGGCUUGUCACCAGCAGAAACUCAGGGCGGGCGCGAGGGGGACGGGCCACGAGGGGCCUGAGCAGGAGGGAUAACGCCGCCGGCCGGGAAGAGGAACCCCGUGAUCCCGCCCCGCCCACCCCUGGCUGGUGGCCCUGUGCCCUCAGCGCAGCCAGCCGUCACCUCUGUUGAGAACGCAGUUCCCAGCUGCCCGUGGAGUGCUGGUCCCCUAUGCUACAAGGUCACAGUUUGCGUCAAAAUCUUAAAAAUCUGCCACUGGAAAUACGUACAGAAGUCCUUACAAAUACAUUGCAGUAUUUAAUUAAACCUUGAGGCCACUGAGGCGUCA